UCUCAAACACACUUUCACAUUCAAACCCAACAAAUCCGCCACUUAACCAUUAUUUGUACUGCUACUACUUAGUACUCCAGUAGUUACAUAUUCCCUCACUCCUCGGAAUCUCUUCAGUUUCCCGCUACUCUUUCUCUCUCUAAAAAUCUAAAUCUUAAACCCUAAUUCACUGAAAACGGUCCGUUUCAUUCAAUUCUACUUCGCUUUAUCCUUCUCUCUCUGCCUUUAGUGUGAGGAUAUCUUUUGGCUGCAAGAUCAUGAUACAAGUUAAGGAGGAAUCUCAGACUCUGGACUUUGGUGGAUUUGCUUCUUGUUCAUCUUUCUCUGAUAGCAGUUACGAGGCUAGCACUCCAAGAUACUCCUCCGAACCUGGUUCUAGUUAUCGAAGGAGCUCAGGUCCAACUAAACGUUCUUCCCAGGCAGGCUGGACAGAAGAAGAGGAUAAUCUGUUGACUGACGUGGUGAAAAGGUUCAAAGGGAGAAACUGGAAAAAAAUAGCUGAGUGCAUGAAUGGAAGGACUGAUGUGCAGUGCUUGCAUCGCUGGCAGAAAGUUCUGAAUCCUGAGCUUGUAAAGGGUCCUUGGUCAAAGGAGGAGGAUGACCUGAUUAUUGAGUUAGUUGAGAAAUAUGGCUGUAAGAAGUGGUCUUUUAUUGCCAAGUCUUUGCCUGGUCGCAUUGGUAAGCAAUGUAGGGAAAGGUGGCACAACCAUCUUGACCCAACCAUAAAAAGAGAUGCUUGGACUGAACAGGAAGAAUCAGUCCUAUGCCACUAUCACCAAAUAUAUGGGAACAAGUGGGCAGAAAUUGCGAGGUUUCUGCCUGGAAGGACUGAUAAUGCAAUUAAAAAUCAUUGGAAUUCCUCAGUUAAGAAAAGAUCGAACUUGAAUUUGCCAAGUGGGUUAGUGCUGGAUACCGAAAGUGAGGAAUCUCCUAAUUUCUCUAGUGACAAGAAAAAACUAGAGAUCCAGAAGCAUCCAUUACAAGCUCAAAAUGCAGAACAAACAAUCUUUUUAGGCGAGCAGACAGGAUUGGAUAAUGCUGCUGUUGCUUUGUCAACUGAUCUGAGAAUUGGAUAUGCUUAUUCUGCUGGAAAUGCUUUGCAUAAGGAUACUUCUUUAUUUGGAGCCUGUAUAUCAGCAGAAGAAAAUGUGAGGGAUCUGAUAAAGCCACUUGGUGGAAUACCAUUUGGCAAGGCAGAUGUUCUUCCAAUUGGUGAGACAGAUAAACCAUGUCAAUCCAAUUUAAGUCGCACUAAAAUAUCAUAUCCACUCUCAGCCUCUUCUUCAGAUUUUCCUUUGGAUCAGUUGCACCACACAAGAUGGAGUACUUCUCAAGUUGAGGCUGUUCAUCCUACUACUUUUGGGAGCAUGUAUGAAUCUCCCAAGAGGUCUAGGCACGACACUGUUAACGAUCCUGACCAUGAUUUUUUGAGUUUGUCAUUGGCUAGCUUUACUGAGGUUCGUUCCCAAAGUAACAAGAAGAAUAAAGCAUAUGACACACAAUCUUCUUUGGGUCUCAAGCAGCAGGGCUCCUUGUAUUAUGAACCACCACAGUUAAAGGACAUGCUGAUUCCUUUAACAGAUGAAAACCUUAGUAGAGACAACCUUAUCACGGAAAAAAAUGGUCAUCCAUUUUGCUCUACUCCUCCUAGUCUUAAAUUAACAGUCUCUGCUAAUGGUAGCAGUCCAGAAUCUGUCUUAAGGAAUUCUGCAAUGAGUUACACAGGAACUCCUUCAAUCAUAAGAAAGAAGAAUUCCAGAUUUCCCGAAGCUGCGACGCAUUCUAGUUGCACAGGCACCACCACUCCCACACAUAAUUUCCCAAGAGCUUCUGACAGGGAAGACACCUCAAACCUGAAGGACAGAUUUUCUGGGUGUAAAUCAUCAGUUUCGGGAAAAUCUCUUGGAAGACGGUUGGAAUAUGCCUUUGAUAUGGAAUGGGAUGCCUCUAGAUGUUGCACACCAGUUUCUGCAGCUUCACCUUGUGCACUUAGACUUGGUGCUAAUACGAUGCUGACACCAUAAAAAAGGAUGUAAACAUGGCCAUCUUUUCCACAGAGCAAGGUGAUGGAUGUUCAGUUAUUUGAAAUUCUUAUCUGAUGCUUCUUAGGCUCCUUGUAUUGGAUGAGUAGAACAUAAGGGAGCUAUUGGGCUUAUAGCGUUUUGUCUCAAAGAAUCUUGAGCCUGCAGGUUUCAUGACUUAAAACUGAUUUGAAGAUAAGCUUUUGCGCAUGCGUCUUUUGAACAAAAUGGCUAUAUUCAUUACAUUAUUCUCUUUCUUUUUAUUUUUGUGUUUAUUCAUUUGCAAAGCUGAAAGGAUUGUAUGGUAGAAGGGUGGAAGUGGUAUGUGUAUAGGGUGCAUAUGGGCAUGACCAUUGCCUUAAUUCCAUAUUCCAUGCUUUACAUUUAUUCAUUUUUAAAGCUGAAAAAUUGGUGUUUUCAGAAGCGGGGACAUGGCUAUGUGCAUGGAUGGGUAUACAGGUGUAUACUAUGACUCCGCGUAAUAUAUUCUUGCCUAAAUGUUUAUCUAUCCUCCCUCUACAGAUUAUACUGGUAUUAGUAGGUCUGUGACCGGGAACCAUUUUGAAUUUGGAUCUUGACAUGUCGGUGGUUUUUAACAUUAGGCAUUUUGCCAAGAAGUUGGUGGGCCUACGUGAAUUGGGUCAGGGUGGCUGGUGGUUUCGGGAUCCCGUAGAAAAUGCUUCUUUUAUGCCUUGGGUAUUUAUAUUAUAAUUUUCAUUUUUUGGUAUUUAGGAUUAAUUCUGAGGAUCAGUCUGGAGAGGCUUUUGUUGUAGCAUCACAAGCUGUCAGAUCAUAUGAUCUGAUGGAUCGAUCGGGUACUUCUUCAAGGUCAAAUCUUUGAGGAAAUAAAAUGUCAAUGAAACAAUGACAUGCUAAGCCACUUUGAGAUGGCCAAGUUAAAGCUGAAGAAUUAGUUUGAAAUGGAAGUUGUAAUUUUGGCAGUCACAAAACCUUGUGAGCUUAUGGGACUAAUGAGAAAAUAUGGCAAAAAGCUAUAAACUACAUAAGCAUGGAAAUUUGUUGGAUAACUCUUGUUUUGGGAGUUGCCCCUAACUCUAUAUGGGUGUAAUAUUAUAAUUUGAUUUUUCCCUGCCCUACUUCAGAAAUUUAGCGAAGGAAGGAUUUGUAAAUAUGCAUUUAAAUCAAUUGCCUUUAGUUC